AGCGCGGCGGCCGAACGAGGAUGAUGAGCGCUCUAUAAGAAGAAAAGCCACCACGGAGAGCGCUCACAUAGUCCAGACACGAUGAUGACGAAGAAGAUGUGAGAGAGCGAGAGAGAGAGGGAGGGAGAAAGAGAGAGCAGCCAGCGGGAUGAUCGAGACUUGUUUUAGUCCCGUUCAGGCUGAGGAGUGAGCGCCCGGUGCGAGAGAGGGAGGGUCGACCCGGCGAGUUUCAAAUGGCCGGGCGGCGAGCUGCUGCUUCUUUAAGUGUCACAUUGAGCACCUGAGCGGUUGUUUGCUGCCUCGAUAUCCUCCUCGUCCUUUAACUUGACUACAGCCAUUCAAUGUCACCACUUCUACUUUGACUUUGAGCCCCGAGAAGUCUGGAACAAGUCACUGACGGAGACAUUCGUGACGCCUCAAUAUGUACCAGGGGCAUUUACAGGGCAAAGACUCUAGGGCUGCAGAUAAGACUGUUGCCAUGGUCCUGAAGGAGAUACCGAGUAAGGCGUCAUCAGAAGGGAAGCCCCUCCUCACGGUGACUACCAAGCUGGUGAGUGAGCAACAAGAGAGUCGCCCGCUUCUGAGUCCAUCCAUUGACGAUUUUCUCUGCGAGACCAAGUGUGAUGGGCUUUCCCGCCCGGUGACCUCCAACACAGCAGUUCUGUCGUCCACAUUGGACCUACUGGACCUCAGUGAGCCAAGCGAGCAGAGAAAAAACAAAGACAGGAAGAGUCCUGGUUCGUCCCGGAGCGACAAACAGAACAGCCCGCAGAAGAAAAAGAUUGCCGAGACGGAGCUAAUCCAGGUGGAGGUGGAACAGAGCAUGCGGACACCAGAGAGGGCGUCAUUGGACUCCGCUAUCAUUGAUUCACCAUUGGAUAAAUGGGAAGAGUUGAACCCCAACCCUGAGAGAAACGGGAACAGAAAGUGGAAACUGGAGAGACGGCGUUCAUCAAAAAACUCCUCAAAUGAAUUUCUAUGGUCCAUUGACUGUAAAACCCAAUUAGAGCAAUUGAAUAAGAACUGUGUGGAAGCAAACACCAAAGUGGAGCCAGAGUCUGCCCUUGCAUCUCAACUCAACAGGCAGUAUAUUAGUGGAAGACAUGCUCGUCUAACCAAGGAUCAGCGGUGGGGCAGCGCCCUCCUGUCCAGACAUCAGUCUCUGGAAGAGGAGUUUGAGCGAGCCAAGGCUGCUGUGGAAUCGGAUACGGAGUUCUGGGAUAAGAUGCAGGCAGAGUGGGAGGAACUGGCUCGGCGAAACUGGCUGACGGAGAAUGAGCAAGCCCAGAUUCCCUCCACGGUCUCUCCUCACGAGAAGGGUUACUACUUCCACACAGAUAAUCCCUAUAAGGACUUGCCUAAUGCCUUUGAGGAGGGGCUGAAGAAGUCUCGGGAAGGAGACUUGCCAAAUGCGGUGCUUAUGCUGGAAGCAGCUGUCUUGCAGGACCCUCAUGAUUCAGAGGCUUGGCAAGUGCUGGGGACCACCCAGGCUGAAAAUGAGAAUGAGCAGGCAGCGAUUGUGUCCCUCCAGAGGUGUUUGGAGCUCCACCCGAACAACCUCCCGGCCCUCAUGGCCUUGGCGGUGAGCCUGACCAACACGGGGAUGCGUUACGACGCCUGCGAGGCUCUGCUGCGCUGGCUUCGACACAAUCCGAAAUACAAACAGCUCCUGAAGGGCAAAAACCAUCUUGUGGGAUCCCCAAACUCCCAGCGCAGGAUGUCCCAUGCACCCAGCAGUGGCAGGCAUGAAAGCUCCAUGUUACCCGAGGUCAAGGAACUCUUCCUGGAAGCAGUCCAGCACAACUCGGACACCGUUGACCCAGACUUGCAGACGGGCCUCGGGGUGCUCUACAACCUCAGCAGCGAGUUCAACAAAGCGGUGGAUGCUUUCAACACGGCCUUGUCAGUGCGGCCCGAGGAUUACUUGCUGUGGAACCGGCUAGGGGCCACUCUGGCAAACGGAGACCGGAGCCAGGAGGCCGUGGAGGCGUACACGCGAGCUUUGGAGCUGCAGCCGGGAUUUAUCAGGUCCCGCUACAACCUGGGAAUCAGCUGCAUUAACCUCGGCGCGCACAGAGAGGCGGCCAGCAACUUCCUGACGGCUCUCAGCCUUCAGCGGAAAAGCCGGAGUCGGCAGCAGUCCCACCAGGUCAUGUCUGGAAACAUCUGGGCCGCUCUCAGGAUAGCUUUGUCCAUGAUGGAUCAGCCUGAACUCUUCCAGGCCGCAAACAUCGGUGACCUGGAUCUUCUGAUGAGAGCCUUUAACUUAGACAUAUGAGGAGUAUAAGUACGGUAGUGACGAUUGCAUUUCCUCCUCUCUCUUCUAGCCAAUAGCUCAAAGCCCAAAGUGGACACCCUCAGAAUGCAUCGGAUGUAAUGCGGGAGAUGAUUAUUCUGUUUCUUUUUAUGCACGUUGUCCACCCCAAUUAACUCGGAGCGGUUCUGGGGACAGGUUCUUCCAAGUGACUGCUUUGUGACGGAUUUGCGCUGCAAUUUGCAAGUACCCCGAAGAGCACAAGGACGGGCGAAGAUUGUACGAGCAAUGCCUUAGAGAAUAUGUCAAUUAAAAACGGGCCCACUCAAUGGAACGGAGCAGAACCGGGAGGGAUCGAGCGGACGGAACGUCGUGUACAGUUUGCAGUUUGCACACAACCGAUGUGGUUUUGGGACAACAAAGCUUUCCCGACAAAGAAAGACUUCUGUGAGCAAAUGAAAACAAUUGCACCGUAUCACCUGAAGUUGAUAUUUCUUUUCCCGGCUUGGAAUAACGCUCCCGCAUGACUUUUCAAAAGUUUCCCUUUUGCACUUGAGACAAACCGGUAACCUCCUCCAUUCAAGUGGAAUGUGCAAGCCAGGUUGUGUAAGCCUUACUCAAAAGCAUGCCAACAAGAUUUAUUGAUACUAUUUUUAUGGCAACACAAAAUUACUAAGCCAUUGCAUCCUAUAUAUUAUAUUACCAGACUGGUUUCACCUUUUUUUUUUUUUUUAACCGCCAUCUGCAAGAACUUGAAAUCUUUUUCUCA